AUGUACUCUGUGCUUGCAGGGGGUAUCCUGGCUGUUAAUAUUAUUAUGGACAUUACAUACACAGUGAUUUGGCAUCUCCUUCUGUCCAGCCUUAUUUUGGCAUUUUACAACGACCAAUCCUGUCGGCUCCAAGUCUCAGAGAUGGAGAGUAUUUUCCAGCCUGGAGAUAUACUUUUAGGAGUUGUUUUACCUCUUCAUCUUGACAAAGAAUAUCACCGAGUGUCCUUCAAUGAAAGACCCCCAGGCAUCAACUGUACAACAUUUCACUUUGAGAACUUCCAGCAGCUCCAGGCCAUGAUAUUUGCUGUGGACGAGAUCAACAGAAACCCCAAUAUUCUCCCAAACAUCACCCUGGGAUUUCAGGCUUAUGAUUCCUGUGAUGUGUUGCAGAAGGACUUGGAAGGAACAUUACAGGUGUUGUCAGGACUUAAUGGAGCCAUUCCCAAUUAUAGAUGUAUGGGAAAUAUACCCCUAUCCGGUGUUAUUGGUGCUUCUAUUUCCACUCACUCAAUUCUGCUGGCUCACAUUCUGGGCCUGUAUAGAUACCCCCAGGUCAGCCAUUAUUCUACCAGCCCUCUCCUCAGCAACCAAAAAAUGUUCCCUUCUUUCUUCAGAACUGUCCCCAGUGAUGCCUAUCAGUCACAAGGACUUGCAAAGUUAGUGCUACAUUUUGGAUGGACCUGGGUGGGAUUAUUGGCUGUGGACAAUGACUAUGGUCAGCAAGGAAUUCAGUUAGUGAAACAAGAAAUAAUCAAGGCUGGAGCAUGUGUGGCCUUCACAGAGUCCAUCCUUACAAUCAGACCUGACCGGAAUGCUCCACAUAUAGUUGAUGUAAUAAAAGAGUCAACAGCCGCCGCCAUCAUUGUCUUCUCCCCUGCUAUUGACUUAGUUCCUGUGUUAGCUGAGAUGUUGUCUCAAAAUGUCACAGAGAAAAUUCUGGUUGCCAGUGAAGCAUGGUCCACUUCCACUCUAUUUUCUGAUGGAAAGUUUUCAAAUAUCCUCUCUGGCACUAUUGGCUUAGCUCUCCACAGUGGGAAUAUUCCAGGGUUUAGAGAGUUCCUCAACAAAGUCCAUCCCUCUACCUCCUUAGGAAAAUAUUGGGUCAAGCUACUUUGGGAGGAAUCCUUCCAAUGCAAAUUCCCGAGUGAGAAGAACCACACGACUCUAACAGAAGACUCAAUAAAAGAAUGCACGGGUGAAGAGGUUCUUGACAAGAUUGAGAAUAACUACAAUGAUGUUUCCAGUUUAAGAGCCACAUACAAUGUCUACACUGCAGUACAAAUUGUGGCCAAAGCUUUGGAAGAUUUGAAAAACUGCAAUAAAGAAGGAAGUAUCUUAUCAGACCAGAAGUGCCCAGAUAUUUUACAUUUUAAGCCAUGGCAGCUGUUACAUUAUGUGAAAAAGGUGCGGGUCAUGCUGAGCAGCGGUAGAGAACUUUUUUUUGAUAGAAAUGGGGACCCACCUGCUGUGUAUGACAUUGUGAACUGGAAGGUGACCCCAGACGGAACCAUAAAACAGAUCAAUGUGGGAAGUUACGACACUGCAGCUUCUUUUGGUCAAGUCUUCACCGUUAACAAAAGCGCCAUCUCUUGGCCUACUGGAAAGCAACAGGUCCCCUUGUCUGUCUGCAGCCAGAGUUGUCCCCCAGGUUUUAGGAAAGCUUCUGAAAGAGGAAAGCCAACCUGCUGCUUCCAGUGUAUCCCAUGUCCCCAAGGAGAGAUCUCCAAUGUUACAGACUCUAUUGAUUGUUUUAAGUGUUUGUGGGAUGAAUGGCCAAAUGUCCAAAAAACGAGAUGUAUGCAGAAGAACAUAGAAUUCCUCUCCUAUGAAGAUCCCUUGGGGGCAGGUCUGGCAGCUACUGGCAUCACAUCAUCCUUGGUUCCUGUUGUUAUACUGAAACUUUUCAUGAAAUAUAGAACCACACCCAUAGUGAAAGCCAACAAUUAUUCUCUAAGUUGUCUUCUUCUACUGUGUCUGCCCCUCUGCUUCCUCUGCUCUUUGGCUUUCAUUGGAUACCCUCAAAAGGAGAAGUGUCUUCUUCGUCAAGCUGCUUUUGGCUUGGUCUUUUCCCUCUGUGUAUCUUGUAUUCUGGCCAAAACCAUGAUGGUUGUUUUUGCCUUUAUGGCCACCAAACCUGGCAGCAAACUAAGGAAAUGGACCCGUCCUGUUGUAUCCUACAUGAUCAUUUCUAUUUGCUUUGUCUUACAAUUUAUCUUAUGUAUAUCUUGGCUGUUAAAAGCACCUCCAUUCCCACAGUAUGACAUUCAAACCAAACCUGGACUAAUUAUUGUUCAAUGUAACAACGGCUCUGCUACAGCUUUCUGGUGUAUGUUAGGAUAUCUUGGCUUUCUGGCUGCCAUAAGUUUUAUUGUAGCUUUCCUAGCUAGGAGGCUCCCUGACACAUUUAAUGAGACCAAGUUCAUCACCUUUAGCAUGCUGGCCUUUCUCAGUGUCUGGAUCUCCUUCAUCCCAGCAUCUCUCAGUGCACAAGGCAAAUAUACAGAAGCAAUGGAGAUCUUUGCCAUCCUGUCUUCUAGCUGGGCCUUGGUAGUGUGCAUGUUCUUCCCAAAAUGCUUUAUCAUCUUAUUCAGGCCCAAUAUGAAUUCUAAGAAACAACUCAUGAAGAAGGCUGGUGGUCAAAUAUAG